GGCAGCAGCGGGGGUGGGACGGGGGCGGCGGGAGCCGGCGAGGGGGUCGGCCCGUCCGAGCUUUCCUGGGCGCCGGCUCCGCCCCUCGACCCUUGGGGCCCAGGUGGGGCGCAGACCCCGUGGCUCCCCGCGGAGGCCACACGCCUGGCUCCGCCCCCGGUGCCUCCCCCAGGAAGGAGCGACGUCCCCAGGCGCCGGGUUCGGACAGCGCCGCGCAGCCCCCGCGCACCCCGCGCCCCCCGGGCCCGCCCCGUAUCCCUGACCGCGUCCCCUGGAGACACUGCGGCAGCGGCGGGCGGGCGGGGGCGGGCGAGGGCCGGGCGCGUCUCCAUGGAGCCAGGGCGCGCGUAGCCGAGCCCAGCCCAGCCCAGCCGGAGGCCCCGGGGGCGGUGCGCGGCGCGGCCGCAGGAUGCAGGCCAUGGACCCGGCCGCGGCGGAUCUCUACGAGGAGGACGGCAAAGACCUGGACUUCUACGACUUCGAGCCGCUGCCCACCCUCCCCGAGGACGAGGAGAACGUGUCUCUGGCUGACAUCCUCUCCCUGCGGGACCGUGGCCUCAGCGAGCAGGAAGCCUGGGCCGUGUGCCUGGAGUGCAGCCUGUCCAUGCGGAGCGUGGCCCACGCCGCCAUCUUCCAGAGCCUGUGCAUCACGCCCGACACCCUGGCCUUCAACACCAGCGGGAACGUGUGUUUCAUGGAGCAGCUCAGCGACGACCCUGAGGGUGCCUUCGUUCCCCCCGAGUUCGACGUGACCGGGAAUACCUUUGAGGCGCACAUCUACUCUCUGGGGGCCACGCUGAAGGCCGCCCUCGAGUACGUGGCAGAGCCCACACUGGAACCCAGGCUGAGCCAAGACCUCGAGGCGCUGCUGAGCCGGAUGCAGGCGGAGGACCCCGGGGACCGGCCGGACCUCGAGAGCAUCAUCGCGCUGUGUGAAGAGAAGCUGCAGCUCACAUCCUCCUGUCGCAUGUGCCGGAGCCUCUCUGCUGUGGGGAGGAGGGUUCUCUCCAUCGAGUCCUUCGGAGCGCUGCAGGAUGUCAGCGAGAGCAGCUGGCGGGAGAGACCUGCCCCAGGAAACGCUGGGCCCAGGAGGCCGCCCGGGGACCCCAGCACUGACCCAGAGGUUCUGCCAACCCCCGAAGGCCCAGAGUCUGAGACCAGCCGGGGCCCCAGAGCCUCCCCAACAAAGGCUCUGCUGUCCACCCCGGUGAGAAAUGGCGAGAGCCACAGCCGGGAGGGGCUGGCCGGCCUCGUCCUGGAUGCCGAGCGCACCCUCGGGGAGCUGGACAGAGACGCCCUCAGGAGAAGCCGCCUGCGGAAGGUGCAGACGUUCCCUAGGCUGCUGUCCGACAGCCCCGAGGCCACCCUCUGCCUGCCGCUGACCCGCGGGAAAAGCCAGCUGCCCAUGUCAGAAUUAUUCUCUCCAGACCCCAGGAAGGCUUUUCUGGACAGGAAAAAUGGCCUUUCUAGCUUCCAGGCUCAGCCCAAAUGCAGGCUGUGGCCGGAGCAGGAGCCGGAACACCAGCUGGGACGGGUUCCCUGUGCAGGCCGCAGCGCGGACAGGGGCCCUGGGGUGCCCGGCAGUCCAGGACAGCCCGAGACUUCACACCCCAGCCAGGGGCCAGCAGAGGCCAGACCCCCACCCUGCCCUGCAGACCCUCGAGAUGCUAGCGGCGAAGCCCAGACUCCCAGGGACGAUGAGAGAAUUCCAGAAGGAGCCAGGCAGCUGGAAAGUGCAGCCGCGGAGCAGUGGGUGUCCCUGCAGGAACUCCUGUCCCAGCUGGGCCGGCCCUUCCGGGAGUACGAGCUGUGGGCCCUGUGCCUGGCCUGCCUCCGCGCACUGCAGACACGCCCUGAGCACCCAGCCUACCUGUGUCUGGACUCCGUGCUGGUUGCUGAGGAUGGGGCUGUGCUCUUCCAGCCACCCCCUGCCAACGGUUCCUAUGACUCGUUCUUUCUGGCUCCUGAGCUGGCAGAGGAGAGGCUGGUAACUGAAAAGGCCUCUGUGUACUGUGUGGCCGCCGUUCUGUGGACCGCAGCCAAGUUCAGCGUCCCCCGCAACCACAAGCUGGCCCUGCCACGCAGGCUCAAGACCCUCCUCCUGGACAUGGCCAGGCGCAGUGCCCCGGAGCGGCCGUCCGCGGCUGAGGCCAUCAAGGUGUGCGGCAGCUACCUCCUCCAGCGAGGCAUGGACAGCCGGAAAAUCCUUGCCCACCUCAGAGCUUCCAUCUGCCAGGUGUACCAGGAGGAAGAGACCAUCAGCCUCCAAAACGCCUUCUCAGUGGUUGAACUGAAGCCCAGUGUGGCACCAGCCCCAGAGCCCAGCCCAGGCUUCCUGCCGGUGAACAGCGACACCGGGCUUGUGGCUGUGCCAGGGCCCGUGCCCAGCCAGCACCCCUGCGGUGAAGAAGCCACCCAGCUGCCUGCGGCGUUCACCUCCGAGGCCACGCACUUCAAGCCCAUUGUCCUCGCACAGGACGCAAGUGUGGCCAGGGACCAGCCUGCCUUGGCCCAGGAGGAGUCCGAGGAGAGGGGCGGCCAGAGGGAGGGAGAAGGUGAGGAGAAGCUCUCCCCGGAGGCCCACGCUGGGUCCCCCAGCCUGAAGACACCUGAUGGGCCGGUGCCUGGCCCGGGGCCACAGGGAGCAGCCCCAGAGCCUCUUGGGGCGUCAGUGCAGCGUGACUCAGCCCAGGGCCGCCCCUGCCCUCCACCCCAGGCCCCAGCAAACCAGCCAGAGGGGGCCUCAUCGGCAGCUCCCGGCUCUCCAGUCCCCGCCCCGCCCACGAAGGCAUCUGCGCUGCCCGUAGAGCAAGGGCCGGCUGAGCCGAUCCCACCUGGAGUUGCUUCCGGGGGCCUCAGGCCCGACGCCCUGGGGCCCACCACGGCCCACCACGGCCCACGCCACCCGCCCAAGCCCCCACGAAGCAAGGCCACCGAGCGCCCGGGCCGGGAGCCAGAGGGCCCCGGGGCCACCCCUGCCGGGGAACGUGAUGACCAGAGCCCAGACAGUGUCCCAGAGAGGCCACGGCCCGCAGACCGGAGGCUCUGUCUGCCCUGCGUGGACGCCUCGCCACUCCCAGGGAGGACGGCCUGCCCGUCGCUGCAGGAGGCCACGCGCCUCAUCCGGGAGGAAUUUGCCUUCGAUGGCUACCUGGACAAUGGGCUGGAGGCUCUGAUCAUGGGGGAGUACAUCUUCGCCUUGAAAGAUCUCACCUUUGCCACUUUCUGUGGCGCCAUUUCCGAGAAGUUCUGUGACCUGUACUGGGAUGAGAAGUUGCUGCAGAACCUCUUUAAGGUGGUCAACGGGCAGGCGUCACCCUCCCCAAGCACGGAGGAGGAGGCUGGGUCACAGCUCGAGGGCAGCCAAAGCCCCCGCUCCCCGUCCAGCAAGAGGCCGUCGCUGCACCGCCUGGGAAAAGAGAAGCCAGCCAUGGCCAGGACCAGCAGCAGGGUCCCCUGCUCACCCACCUCGGUGUCGGAUGUGGACUCGGACGCACUGUCACGGGGAAACUUCGAGGUGGGGUUUCGGCCUCAGAGGUCCGUAAAAGCCGAGAGAGCGCAGCAGCCUGAGGCUGGCGAGGACAGACGGCCAGCUGGCGGGGCCUCAGACGUGGAGGCAGUGACCCGACUGGCCAGGUCCAAGGGGGUCGGCCCAGCCUUGUCCCCCGGCCCAGCCGGAUUCCAGAGCUGCAGCCCCGGCUGGUGCAGCGCCUUCUACGAGGCCGACUGCUUUGGGGCCGACGUCCACAACUACGUGAAGGACCUGGGGCGGCAGCAGGUGGACGGGGCCCUGCCCGACGCCCAGAGCCCGGAGCUGGAACAGCAGCUCAUGAUGGAGAAAAGAAACUACCGCAAGACCCUGAAAUUCUACCAGAAACUCUUACAGAAGGAAAAGAGGAACAAAGGUUCCGACGUCAAGACCAUGCUGUCCAAGCUGAAAGGGCAGCUGGAAGAAAUGAAAUCCAGGGUGCAAUUCCUCAGCUUGGUCAAGAAGUAUCUGCAGGUCAUGUACGCAGAACGCUGGGGCCUGGAGCCCUGCGCCCUCCCGGUGAUCGUGAACAUCGCGGCCGCCCCCUGCGACACGCUGGACUUCAGCCCCCUGGACGAGUCCUCCUCGCUCAUCUUCUACAACGUCAACAAGCACCCGGGCGGCCGGCAGAAGGCCCGCAUCCUGCAGGCCGGCACGCCGCUGGGGCUCAUGGCCUACCUGUACUCCAGCGACGCCUUCCUGGAGGGCUACGUGCAGCAAUUCCUCUACACCUUCCGCUACUUCUGCACACCCCACGACUUCCUGCACUUCCUCCUCGACCGCAUCAACAGCACGCUGACCAGGGCCCACCAGGACCCCACCUCGACCUUCACCAAGAUCUACAGGCGGAGCCUCUGCGUCCUGCAGGCCUGGGUGGAGGACUGCUACGCCGUGGACUUCUCUCGGAACAGCGGGCUGCUGGGGAAGCUAGAGGACUUCAUCUCCUCCAAGAUCCUACCCCUGGACGGCUCUGCCAAGCACCUGCUGGGCCUCCUGGAGGUGGGCAUGGACCGGCGGGCCGAGGGCAGCCCUCGCGGCACAGACCUGGAGAACCCCAGGGAGGCCGAGGAGGAUGCCAGACCCUUCAACGCCCUCUGUAAGAGGCUCUCAGAGGACGGCAUCUCCAGGAAGAGCUUCCCCUGGAGGCUGCCCCGAGGCAACGGGCUGGUGCUGCCACCACACAAGGAGCGCCCGUACACCAUUGCCGCGGCCCUGCCCAAGCCCUGCUUCCUCGAGGACUUCUACGGCCCCUGCGCCAAGACCAGUGAGAAGGGGCCCUACUUCUUGACGGAGUACAGCACUCACCAGCUCUUCAGCCAGCUCACGCUGCUACAGCAGGAGUUGUUUCAAAAGUGCCACCCGGUCCACUUCCUGAACUCACGGGCUCUGGGCGUCAUGGACAAGAGCACUGCCAUCCCCAAAGCCAGCUCUUCUGAGUCUCUUUCGGCCAAAACCUGCAGCUUAUUUCUGCCCAAUUACGUUCAGGACAAGUAUCUGUUACAGCUUCUAAGAAACGCAGAUGACGUCAGCACCUGGGUGGCUGCAGAGAUUGUGACCAGCCACACCUCCAAGCUGCAGGUGAACUUGCUGUCCAAAUUCUUGCUGAUUGCAAAAUCUUGCUAUGAGCAGAGAAACUUCGCAACAGCCAUGCAGAUCCUGAGCGGGCUGGAGCACCUGGCCGUGAGGCAGUCCCCUGCCUGGAGAAUUCUGCCUGCAAAGAUAGCAGAGGUCAUGGAGGAGCUGAAAGCCGUGGAGGUCUUCCUGAAGAGCGACAGCCUGUGUCUGAUGGAAGGUCGGCGCUUCCGGGCGCAGCCCACCCUGCCCUCGGCCCACCUCCUGGCCAUGCACAUCCAGCAGCUGGAGACAGGCGGCUUCACCAUGACCAACGGGGCCCACAGGUGGAGCAAGCUCAGGAACAUCGCGAAGGUGGUGAGCCAGGUGCACGCGUUCCAGGAGAACCCUUACACCUUCAGCCCCGACCCCAAGCUCCAGUCGUACCUCAAGCAGAGGAUUGCCCGCUUCAGCGGUGCCGACAUUUCCACACUCGCCGCAGAUAGCAGGGCCAACUUCCACCAGGUCUCCAGCGAGAAGCACUCACGGAAGAUUCAGGACAAGCUACGGAGGAUGAAGGCUACAUUCCAGUAGCCGAGCUCGGGCCUGGUGUGGAAUUCCAGAUCCGAAUCCAACUGUGGGGGGCGGGCCGGGAGGUAGGAGCCGCGUCUCAGGCCCGGCCGUUAUCGAGGCCCCUCCGCCCCCGAACCCUGGGGAGCUGGACCAGGAGGUGGAGGCUCAGGGGACCCCAUGGGGACAGGCAGAGCUGGUCUCCUCCCAGCAGACGGAGCCAGGACGGGCACAAGAGUCUUGGAGGUUUGCGUGUUUCUGCUAGAAUUAAAAAGUUAAAUUUAAAAAUGAAAAUGAAAGACAGCUUCCCAGGAGUUUUGUGCCUGUCUGCGCCUCUCACGCACAGAUAAGUGGCUCUUACCCAGCUCUCAGCGACUCCCCCACAAAACAGCAACAGCCUCCACCGCCGACUCAACAAACUUCAAAGUAGCUCCUCCCUGAGCAGCUUUCUGAGCCAGCCUCGGUUGGCUGAGCAACGAAGGGCCAAAGCUGACCUCUGAGUGGCCAACUGCAGCUCCCAGGGACUCCGAGACCUCCCGUCCGAGACCCUGCCUGGGUUCACCCCCGACAACCCAGACCCAGAACCCCUCUCCCCUUCCCUGCCCAGUGCUCCUCCUCCCCAGCCCAGACCCCCAGGUGCCCAAGGCCUGCUGCUGGAGCAGGCACCUUGGGCUGGGCCUGCUCCCCCAGGGCCCAGGGCCCCCCAGCUUAGAACAGCCCUUGGUGAGGUGGUCGUGCCCGGGCAAAGGCCCUGCUUCCUGGAAAGGACACUCAGAGCAGCUCCAAGACAGAGGCUCUGUGGCGGGGGUCCCUGAGAGUGUCCCCCCCAUCUCAUGCCCCGGGGGCCGCGGCUACCCACCGCCUCCAGCAGCCAUGCAUGUGCGCCCGCAGCCCUGCCUCCACAGCUCGCCACUCACUCACGCUUCGCCAGAGACAGGAAGUGCGCUGCCUCCACAGCCCCUUGCCCUUGCUCAGGUUCUUGGACCCCAGGCAGCUGGUGUGGAGCCCCUUGGCCAGGGCCAUGGGAGACCCGCGCAGUCAGCUCCACACUGGCCUCUGCAGCUGGGUGACCAGAGCCCCGGGCACGGCCCCAGCUCCGUGGGGCUCUCACGGUGCCAAUCACAAGACCCAGGGUUGUGCUUUUGAGUUUUAGAAUUAGUCAUUCUUUAGAGCAGCCAGCUAGUGGCAUUUCUAGGAAAACUGUGACCUGUGACAAAUCGCUGCAUUUUUAAUGUCAAGAUGUGUUUUCCCACAUAAAUUGACCGGAGACAUCCGGGCCCUGCUUCAAUGUAACAUGAGAGGAAGUCGGCGUCCUGGCCACGAAAUGCAGUUCACUUUUUUUUAGGCUUUUAUAUGGAUUAUGUUCUGCUGACCCAUGCCCGCAUUUUCAGAUUUUGUAUUUAACAGACAGUGCCCAGUGCAAAUCAACAUUCCAGCGGUCAGGACUGACCCCGGGGGAGCACUGGGCUCAGGCUUCAGCGCGACUGUCCGCAUGGCUCCCUCCCGUCCUGGCACCCAUUUCUGAAUAAAGUCCUUUCUACCAGCC